CACAACCACACCUGGUCUCCCCUAUGAAGCCAAUGUCUGGCGCACACAAACAACCACUGAGUUCACCUUUGUGUUCAACUAUAUUGCUCACUAUCAUGGCUAUGUUUUACUACAAUUAAAAAGCUCUGGUUUUAUGUCCAUGUGUAAUUAAUAAAGCAACAGUGUGAGAGUAAAGCCCUGUUGAAGCAGCAGCCUCUGUGCGGCUGUUGCUGGGAGCUCCAGCCAAUCAAAGCCGGAGCGCUCCCAUACAAGUAGUUUGGGGGCUGGAGAAGCAUGACAUCAUGCUCAGCUCCGACCCUCUCUGCGAAAACAAAGAAUAAAACAUCUUUAUUUCACUACAGCACGCAACAGUCGACGACAGCGACGUCUGCACUGUGAUACUCCGCGGCUCCAUCCUUAAAAUACAGCCGGAGUCUGGCCGCGGUGCUCCGGUGUGUGCGGCGGAGUCUGGGAGGGGCAUCCGUCCGUCCGUCCGUCCGGGCAAUGGCGGAUGGGGAGGCCACUGUGUCUGUGGAGUGGGACAGCAGCGAUGGGGGCUUAGCAGAAUAACAUCCCACCUCUGCGUUUGUAUUUUCUCUGUUUAGCUUGGUAUUCAUCUGUCGCCAUGGAUCCAGAGAAAACGCUGACAUUCUGCCUCGGGUUGAAGGCUGAGGAGAUGACCAUGUCCCUGCAGGGGCUGGAUGGGACUGAAGCUGCCACGGUGGCUGUUUCUCAGAAGGAGGCUGACAUGCGCACAGUUAAUAAGGUGGUGAAGCAUCAUGGAGGCUCUGGUAGCCAGCCUGUUGUCAGCCCCAAGUACUGCCCUGGGGUAAACAACAAUCCAGGUUACCUGUGUGAAACAGGGCACUGCUGCGGAGAGACAGGCUGCUGCACCUACUAUUAUGAGCUGUGGUGGUUCUGGCUGCUGUGGACGAUGCUGAUUCUCUUCAGCUGUUUCUGCGCUUACCGCCACCGCCGGGCCAAGCUGAGGAUCCAACAGCAGCAGAGACAGAGGGAGAUCAAUCUGAUUGCCUAUAACGGAGCCUGCAACUACCCUUCCUCAAUGCUGGACCUCAGUUUUCUGGCAUCCUUCAAGUUGCCCUCCUAUGAGGAGGUGGCAGCGCAGCCCAGCACCCCUCCUCCGCCUUACAGCUCCGUCUUCGCCCUGCAGGGAGGUGCCAUGGGGGGCCCUAGCUCCUCUUACCCCCAUCAUCACCACCACCGUCACCCCUGCCCUCCCUAUCUGGGCCCCGGUCCCAGUGGCCUGACUUCCUCCCAGAGCUCUGACAACUACACCAGCUGCUCCUGCGAGUCGUGCUCCCUCACCUCCCCCUCCAGCACCUCCUUCUCCGUUCAGGUGACGGACGAGACAUACGACAGCAGCCACAUCUCCACACCCAGUGAAGCAGGGGGCGACUGUGUUGUCAUGCCGAGGGUUGGGGCCAGCUUCACACCAACUCUUUCCCUGACUCCUCCAUCACAAGUUCCACCUGAUGUCAUACCCACGGCUACGCCAGAUGUCAUACCAGUACAGAGACGCUCCUCUAAUGGCAGUGAUGGAGUCUCACCUUCAGCUCCACCGCUCUCUCUUCCUUUGCACUCUCGUCCUUCACACCCCUCUCGCCUCCCACUUUCUCCCCUCAUUCUGUUAUCUUCCCUCCCUCCUGGUCAAGUCCAUCCUCUCGUCCUCUCAGACCCACUCGGAGCUGUGGCCAUGCAGAGAGAGAAAGAAGAAGAGGCCCCGCCUUGUGUUCCCGCCCCGAGGCCCACUCUGUCUCCCCCUAAACAGGCUCUCUUCUCUGCACAUGUUUCUGUUUUCACACAUUGCAGCAACAAGGAGGAGCAAAAGCAAGAAAAAGAAGAGGAAGAAGAAGAAGACGACGAUGAGGAGGAUCAUUUCCGGCAUCGACGGCUAACGGGCGACUCAGGCAUCGAGGUGUGUCGCUGCCACGUGAAGAGAGAGGCACAAGAGGAUGAGGAACUACAGAAGGGGCAUUUUGGUAAAAGAGGGAAGGAGGCUGUGAAGGAGGAGGAGAGGGCAGACCUGCUGCACGACAGCGUGGACUGUUCCCUCAGAGCGAAGGCCGCCGCUCAGUCACCACACCUGGAUGACUGCGCUGAGCAGCGCAGCCACAUCUCCUCAUCCUCCAGUUUCAUCCAGAAGCAAGGCGAGGCCAUCAUCACUGUGGAGUCCUUGUAAGCUGACAGCCUGUUGAUGUAGUGGAAAACAGUGAGACGUUUAUGCCUGAUAGCAUCUUUACAGAUCAAGACCAGUAGGUGAGAAGUUGAAUCACUGAACGAAAGUCUUGCAGGUUUUGAGGAUGAGUAAUGGAUCCUCUUUUUUCUGUAUUCAAGCGAAAAGCUCCAAGAGAAGCCGACACCUGAAAGUCCUGUUUGUAGUUAAUUUAUUUAUGGUUUGGGAGAUGGUAUAGCUUCCUCUCUAAAGUGAUGAAAAUGAAUUGUUCUUUCUCUGUCUCUCCCCACAUGCUAACCAAAUCCAUUUUUACCAGUGGAUCGAUGUCAACAUCCCUUUGUCCCUCUGCCGUUUGCUUUUCGUCUCUCUUCUCUCUGCAUGACACAGCAUUGGUAAAAUAGCAUUUUAGCUCCUUGAGAAGAAAUCCGUAAUAGUCAGUGGUUCCCAACCUGGGGUCAGAACCAGGGGUCAUGAUGAGUAACAGCAAAAGAAGAUGCUACAUAAAAUUAUACGCUAAUGUUUCUCAAAUCUUUAGGGAUAGUUUUACUUCUCUGGACAUUUAAAAAUGAUUCAGAUAAAACAAUCUGAGAAGCGCAAAUCAAUCUUUAGCAGACCUGCUCACAGCGUCUUGACUUAUGCAAUGUGUGACGAGUCACAAAAAGGUUGGGAACUGCUGGCUGAUACACCGUAUUACUCAAAUCAUCCCAGCAGCAACGAACAAGACUAUUUAUCUUUAACUGAUUCUUCAAUCGAAUAGGAUUAUAUUCUAGGAGUAUACGAAGUAAAAACAUGAAACAAUUCAUUUUCAAAAGAGCAGCUCUGACUUAUUGUGUUAGAUAAUCUUAAUUUACUGGAUCUUUCCAAGAGGUUCACACCUGUUGAACGUUAUGUAUCGCGGCCACAGGACUAACCUGCGGCCCUUUUUUUCUUGUAGGGUGAAUUUUUGCUUUCACCAGCCUACUUCUCUCUGUCUUAGAGGAAAUAACGAGAGAAGGCGACUCUUAUGACUGAUUCACAAGGUGUGUGUUUUAUACAUUGUGUCUUACGUUGCUCCCCAAAGGAAAAAGGGGUGCAAACAUUAAUUAUAACGUGUGGGUGGCAAAGCUUUACAAUGGUAUUAUGAUUAUACAUUGUUGUUUCAGACUGUUACAUGAUUAUACUGUAUAAUGAACUUACUGUUUGACUUUGGAUUUUAAUGUGUUGUUCCUGGUUGCCAUUUUGUUCUGUUUUUUGCAAGGCAAUGUAAAUCUGAUUCCUCCACGGACGGGAGUGUUGAGUUUUGACGAGGCAGAAACUUUAAGCCUAAUCUCAUCACUGAUAAUGAAUGUAAAAGGUUUAUGCAUCGCAACACAAAAAAGAUCAGUUGUUUACGGAUCAUUUUUAUAGCACGACGCUUGGUGUGGCUUGGAAACCUCUGGAAAAGUUUCCUAAAACUGCAGCUAGAUGAUACAACCUGCCAGCUGCGGGCUUUGGGAAAACGGUUUGAAAUGAAGUGCCCAUUGUAACGUCUGUCUGAGUCGGGUAAUCCCUGUGAGAUGUCGAAGGUGUAAAUGUGCAAAGUGAGGUUUUAAAUUCAGAGUGAUUGCUGUGGCUAAACACGUGAUCAUGUCUGAGAGUUGCUUUUCUCUAAACGUAUCCUGGCUGAUCCUGUUUUUGUACGUGAAAUCAUUCAUUAGUUAACGUCCAGUUGUACUGACAGUAGGGACUUUGAUUGAUGCCCUGCACUUCCUAUGUCAGUUAGUCGAUCCUGGUUUUAGCAGUGAGAAUAGCACACAUCCUGUCUUGUGAUUUAUUCUGAGUACAAAAUGUACUGAAGCGUAGAACAAGAUUUACAAAGUGAGAAUGUCUCCAAUCAUAUUUCUUACAUGUUUGUCUUGCUGUGGUUAUUAUGAGACAAAUGGAGCUUUGUUGUGUCCUUGGCUCAGUGCAAAGCCAACUUAAUUAUCUGACACCUGAAGGCAAAGCUUUCAACUCAUUUAUGCGGACUGAAAAUGUUGCCUCGGUUCAGCUCAGUAAUAUUUGUCAGGCAAAUUAUGUUUGUGUAUAUAGGGAGUUUAAGCAGAUUUGGGGUUUGUUAGGAAGUUUGUUUCGACAUCUUAUUAUCUCUUAGCUCCUGUGCAGUGACUCAUAGGUGUGUCUCAGAGGUGACCAAUGCUCUGACGGAGACUUUCCACCCUCUGAACACAUCAGCAUAAGGGCCUUUUGGCUGCUGUACAUUUCUUUCGGCUAAAGACUGGACAGUUGUUAUCUUCUCAUUAGCUCUAGCCAAUGUUUGUUGAUCAAAGUAUACGGUGCCUAGAUGAAAUUAGGCAUUCUAUAGUUUACUGCUGCUAUGCGAGUGUGCGAGUGUUUUCUGUAUAUUGCGUAUAGUCGUACGUCAAAAUGGGCAAACGUUUUCUAGCAGUGCUUAGCGGUCUCUUUAUAAAAUAUAUACAGUACAUGUGAGACUUGAAGAAAAAAAAUUGUAUUUAGCAAUAGUAUUCACACUUUUUUUCCUUACUCUAGUUAAUGCUGGUCGGUAGGAAAUUAACUGUUGUGAAAAAAGACAUUUACCUCUUUAUAACUGAUCCGUGAGCUGUGCUGGGCAGAGGCCCGUGAUUGUACAUAACACUGCAUUUAAAAUGCCUUUGGCUUAAGGUUUCUCCCAAGUGCAAACUCAGAUUAUCUGGUUUUACCCCAGCCCCAGUUUGUGCCUCUCAUGUGGUGUCAUUUCAUUUGGGUCACGGAGAUAAGCAACUGUGUUUCUGGAGAGUAUCUGCUCUGAAAGUAUUUCCAGAUUCCUCUGGACUGCUCUGUCCAUGUGGAUAAAAAAAUAUAAUAGCUUGGCCAUCCGGAGGGAGCUCGGAGUAGAGCCGCUGCUCCUUCGCGUCAAAAGGCGUCAGUUGAGGUGGUUCAUGUGUCUGAUCAGGAUGCCUCCUGGGCACCUCCUGUUGGACCACGUCCCACUGGUAGGAGGCCCUGGGGCAGACCCAGAACACACUGGAGGGAUUACAUAUCUCGUCUGGCCUGGGAACGCCUUGGGGUCCCCCAGGAGGAGCUGGAAAUUGUUGCUGGGGAGAGGGAUGUCUGGGGUGCUUUGCUCAACCUGCUGCUCCCGUGACCCAGCUUUGGGUAUGUGGUUGAAAAUGGAUGGAUGGAUGGAUGGAUGUGUAGAGGAGUUUCAAGCUAUUUCCCAAAUUGCAAGUCUGUUUCCUACUCCACACAAAAAUCUGAGCUGGAAAUGUCCUCGCUUGAUUUAUUUGGCUCAGGAAGUAGAGCAGGUUGUUCACUAAUUGGAUGAUCAGUGGUUUGAUCCCUGGCUCCUCUAGUCCGCAUGUCCAAGUAUCCUUGGCAAGAUACUGAACCCCAGAUUGUGAGUGCGUAUGAAUGUCUAAACCGAUGAGCAGGUAGCACCUGUGUGCGAAUGUGUGGGUGACUGUGUAUGAAUGGGUGAAUGAGACUCUGUAGUGUAGGAGCGCUUUGAGUUGUUGGAAGGCUAGAAAGGUACUUUACAAGUGCAAGUCCAUUUACCAUUUCUGUAAUAUGAACCAAAUUGUAAACUUUUUUAGAAUCAGUUAUAUUUUCUGUGAUAAUGUUCCCCUCUUUUUUUAUGUAUUUUCAGACAAAAUUAUGUAUUUAACAGCCUUGAAUCAUAGUCAAAUCUUGUUUAUGUCGAGGCGAAAGAUCUCAAGUUGAUUCCUCUUGAAUAUUUUUGAACGUGUACGUGAGCAGUGUGAUUUAGGGUAGGUGGAAAGUGAGCCCCAUUUUCCUAUAUGAUGAUUUAUGAGCAUCAGAUUUCCAUAAAAUGACCCAACAAAAUUAUGAAAUAUUCCGUCAUGUAAAUGAUUUAAAAACUAUAAGGAUAAAAGGCAAGAUUGAUUAUUUAAUUAUUAUUUAUUCAGAUUUCUGGAGUAUAACACAGUACAUGUUUUGCCAGUGAUUCAUGAAUUUCAUUGUCGACAUCAAGGUCUAUAAACUGUAAUUAUUCUUACUAUUAUUGUAUUUUAUUACUAACAAGAACAAGACAUUUUGAGAAAACAACACAAAUGAACAACUUAGCUAACAUGAAUUAAUAAAUAACAAAUAAGAGAAUACUGUAUGUGCAAAUUUGCAAAUUCCAUCUUCUUCUUGUUGUUUCUGUACUUGGCGCUGGAUUUGCAUACAUUGGCAUUUUCUUUCACUCUAAUGCCCCCACACUCCACUCAACCAUUUCCGUUUAAAUGUCACUAAAAAAAGAACAUAUAUUUUGUGUGUGUGUUUGUGUGUGUGUGUGUGUGUGUGUGUGUGUGUGUGUGUGUGUGUGUGUGUGUGUGUGUGUAAGGGGCCAAAAGGAAGAUCUGCCACCGUUACAGUAGCUAUUAUUUUAUCCAGAUGGACAGAGUUGUCCUUUUUUUAUGGAUUUUUCAGGUAUUUAUUUUUCCAGCAGAUGUUUAGCUCUGUGACUCAAAUGUAAUCGUGACACACAUAAGGCACAAACAGGGGCUGGUUUUACCCCAGCUCUGAUUUUACAUUGAAGCCAAACUGAUCUGAGUUCAGUGUACAUAGAACUAGUGUGAUUUUCUUUUGCCUUGUCAGCAGCUAGUAUGUACAGACAAAAACGCCCAAACUCUACCCUCAUUGCCACUGAAGGCCAAUGCCUGAUAUAAGACUGUUACCUCGCUGAGUUUUGACUGCAAAGGACUAUUUACUUCUCCUUAUCAAGAUAGUAUUUACUCUAUAUUUGUACUGACUUUAUUUUGUAAUGCCGAGAAUUGAAGAAUCGAAAAAAAUAAAAUUAAAAAAACUAACACUGAGAUCACGUUGGUACGACUGAACUGGUUUGCCAGGAAAAACACAAAACAUCAAACCCUGUUGAUUCAGGAUUACUCAAGACUGUUGAUCUCCCGGAAAACAAAAUGUUCUCCUUUUACUCCUGCAGCUACGACACAGCGGGAUUUAUAGAAGUAUCUAUAUGUGAUUGUACGUGGAAUAGUUCAGAUUAAUAUUGCUACAAACUGUGGUGUUCUUUGAGGGUAUCCUUGUGUGCAAUUCUACCUGCAGCUCUUCAGUGUGUUGUGCGCAUGUGUGAGAGAGUUAUCGUCGGCCGUGUUGUCGUGAUGUUAAAUCAUUGUCGCUUAUGAUGAGGCCAAAGUUGAUUGUCGUUGGUAUUUGUUAACAUGAUAUUUGUCAAUAUGAAUAUCCAAACAUUUUUAUGUCAUCAUGAGUAUCAAGUUGAUUUUGUAUCUUGGUGUAUAGCAUAGAGAUUUCUGAUGCUCUAAUGUAAAAUCACAUUUUUAGAUAUCUGUUUGGUUGCACAUAUCCUGGUGCUUUUUUCCCCCCCGGAGGGUGGGGUUGUAUUUAGGUUUCAUCCAUUUGAGGUUUUUUUUACAUUGAUGCUCACUGGGGUUCUACCUUGUUAGACAUGGACAUCUGCGCUACUUUAUUCAACAGAAACUGUGGAUUUUGUGUCAAAUAA